CGGGUCUUUCCCUUUUAUCUGCGCUGCGGCGGUGCCACUUUGCCUUCCCUCCCGAGGCCUCCGGGUGCCGGGUGUCUGGCUCCAGCGUCCGUUUUUCCUUGAGGUUGGAAGAUGGCAGCUGUAGGGCCACGUCGAAGUGAAGGGGCUCCGGGACCCCCGCGCCCGGCCUGCGUCCCCAAGGGCCCGACCCGGAAGCCCAACGUGUGCCUCCGGCUGAGUCGCCGGGCGCUCGGCUUCUUCGCGCGCGACGCGGGUGUCGGGCAGAGGACGAACCUGGGCAUCCUGCGGGAGCUCGUGUGCCAGGAGAGUACUACAUUUAAGAAUGUUUGGACAACUCAUUCCAAGACACCUAUAGCCUAUGAGAGGGGAAGAAUAUAUUUUAACAAUUAUCGAUGCUGUGUCAGCAGUGUUGCAACAGAGCCAAGAAAACUUUAUGAAAUGCCAAAAUGUCCCAAAUCAGAAAAGAUAGAGGAUGCUCUAUUAUGGGAAUGCCCAGUGGGAGAAGUACUUGCCAAGCCAUCAGAUUAUAAGCCCUCUCUCAUAGCCCUGACUGCACAUAAUUGGCUACUUCGUAUAUCAACAGCUACAGGGAAAAUCCUGGAGGAAGUAUACCUUGCUUCUUACUGCAAAUUCAGGUACUUGAGUUGGGAUACUCCUCAAGAAGUCAUUGCAGUCAAGUCAGCUCAGAACAAAAACUCAGCAGGGGCUCGACAGGCAGGCAUUCAGCCGUCAGUUUUGUUGUACCUUGCUGUGUUCCAUGUUCUACCAUUUUCACUUAUCGGAAUUCUUGAGAUAAACAAGAGGAUUUUUGGGAAUGUUACAGAUGCUACUUUGUCUCAUGGAAUACUGAUUGUGAUGUACGGCUCAGGACUAGUCAGACUCUAUAGCUUCCAGGCCAUCACUGAACAGUUCAUGCAACAGAAACUUGACUUAGGUUGUGCAUGCAGAUGGGGUGGGACUACUGGAACUGUAGGAGAGGCUCCUUUUGGCAUUCCUUGUAAUAUUAAAAUCACAGACAUUCCACCACUGCUCUUUGAGGUCUCAUCUUUGGAGAAUGCAUUUCAGAUCGGAGGCCACCCUUGGCACUACAUCAUCACACCUAAUAAGAAGAAACAGAAAGGUGUUUUCCACAUAUGUGCCCUCAAAGAUAAUACCUUGGCAAAAAAUGGGAUUCAAGAAAUGGAAUGUUGUUCUCUAGAAUCUGACUGGAUCUAUUUCCAUCCUGAUGCUUCUGGAAGAAUAGUACAUGUUGGCCCUAAUCAAGUCAAAAUUCUAAAACUAAGUGAAAUAGAAAAUAAUAGUUCUCAGCAUCAAAUUUCUGAAGAUUUUGUCAUUUGGGCCAAUAGGGAAAACAAAAGUGAAAACCUAUUUACUGUUACAGCUUCUGGACGGGUAGUAAAAAAAAGUGUUAACCUUCUGGAUGAUGACCCAGAGCAAGAGACUUUCAAAAUUGUGGACUAUGAAGAUGAGUUGGAUUUGCUUUCUGUGGUAGCUGUUACUCAAAUAGAUGCUGAGGGAAAAGCUCACCUGGAUUUCCACUGUAAUGAAUAUGGAACUUUACUUAAAAGCAUUCCACUAGUGGAGUCAUGGGAUGUGACAUAUAGCCAUGAAGUCUACUUUGACAGAGACUUGGUACUACAUAUAGAACAGAAACCCAACCGGGUCUUCAGUUUAUAUGUUUACCAGAUGAUAUGUGAUCCUGGAGAAGAAGAAGAAGAAGAAGAAGCAGAAGAAGGAAUCCUAAAUAGAAGUUGUUCAAAAGAGUGAGAUAAUUGCAACUUACAAAACUUGUAGCCAACCCAGCAGCUGCUUACUAUGUGCAUAGCACAUUCUGCAGUAUUUUCCAAAAAAGGUCUUGUGUUAGUUAAUUCAGAUGAUUAAGACAAAGAACUACCUUUUACGUAAAUUUUUUUAGAAUGCUGUCUCAAGAGAUCUUGAAGAGAUUUUGAAGCUUUAUUUACCUGGUGUUAAUGUAAAUAUAAAACACUGGAGAGCAGAGAAGGACAGUUGUUGAGUAUUAUCAAUGCAGAGGUAUUUAACAUGGUUCUUAAAAGAUGAUGUGGAAUUUUGAUUAGUAAUAUCAAGAUAGAGACAAAAAUAAAGAUAUAAAAAACACAGAAGUUGUUUAUCCUAUAUACCAUUCUUACUUAAGAAUGAGAUAUGUCUUAUGAAAACAUACUUUGAGCCAAAAAUGUGUUAUAGGUUUUUUUAAAAAAUCUUGUAUGUGUGUGUGUGUGUGUGUGUGUAUGUUUUAUAUUUGAAUGUAAUAUCAAGAAUGGGUUCCUAGUUUCCCAUUUUUCCUUCCACUGUUUUAGUCCCUUGGUUUGAUGUUCCCAUUGAGUGUUUGUGUUUCUAGUAGAGAUGUAUGUGAAAUAUUCCAAGCAAACCUUAAAUAAACUUUUUUAUGUGA